AUGACUGGCCAACGCAAGGGCUCUCGAAAGACAAAGCAGUCGACCCACCACGCUCCGACCGGCAAGGAGCAGUUUGAAGAGGCCGUUGAGCUUCUCCGCAGCGCAACCAGACACCCGUCGGCUCCGUGGCUUACGUUCGAGAUGCCGCAUCACGUCGAGCCGCUUCUGCGCGUCGGUACGAUGGACGAGUGGCUGGGUUGGCCGCUCUGCAAGUACCAAGCCCACCAGGUUAUGUGCGCGAACCCAACAUCGGAAGACGGCGUCGCCGUCGUCCCGGCAGCGCAUCUCGCAUUUGAGAGCGCUGAUUGGCACCAGAUGUUGGACGCGGCGUGCCAGCACCUCACGGCCAAGUUUGCUUCUCAAAACGCCGUCUCGCUCGAGCUCUCGCACUUGGUACUCGAUAGCAAAGGGUCGGCCGCCAGCCUCGUGCCGGCGCGUCGCCCCGCGCAUAGCAUGGGGACCAUGUAUCUGCUACUACCGUCUCAUUACAAGGGUGGCGGCAUGACGCUGCUGAAUGAUGGCUCCAAGCACACGUGGAAGCACGACGCCUUUCUCACGCGACUGCACUGUCUGGCGCAGGCGACAGCAACAACAAUCUUUGUCGACCCGAUAACGCACGGCACACGGGUGCUCUUGGUGUACCAUCUCCUCAACGCAUCACAUUCGACGCACUUCAAGGACGCGGUCGCCAAGCUCUCGGCGGCGGCAUCCUCCAUGUCGUUUCAAGUGGGCGCGCUCGGGCUUUCGCAACCCAACCCAAAGCUGUCGCUCGAGACCCUCUUGCCGGUCGAACUCGACUUUGUGCAGGCAUUGCGCGCGUCCGGCGACUACGAUGUGGUCCUCGCCGAGCACCCUAUUUACGUCAACUUUACGGGGACGUACGACAUACGACUCGCGGGGAAAAAGCAAAAGACCGAUGCUUGGAAGCCGGGGCACAAGGGGUACGGUCCACGCAUCCAUCGCUUCCAAGCUCUGCCUGGUGCCCCGCUGCCCGACGCCAUCGCGGCGGGCGUCCAGGAUCUUGAGGUGGAGGUGCGCCUCUUCGAGAAGAGCCCGCUGCAUUAUGACAACUACCAAGGGACGCGGUAUGCAAUCGUGUUUUGGCCAAAGUGCAGGCGUUUGGACUGCGCGAGCCUCGCCGAUGCCGUCAACGCUUUGCUGCAUGCGGCUCAGCAGCCGUGUCCGUCGCCUAAUGCACUCUUGGGUCAACGGUCGGUCAUCGCGCUCGCCGACGCUCUCUUGGCUCGGUUGGGUCGUUCGGACGAGGUGGCGCGGCCCACAUAUGCACAGAGUCUCACAACGUACGGCGCCGCGCUCAUCCUCUUGCGACAUCUACCGACGGUCCAGCGCCUCGUGGGCAAAAUUCUCCGCAGUGGGACGUCAAGCACAUGCUUCGAAAAGGUCGCGUCCAUGCUCUUCAAGCUCCUCGCUGCCUUUGGUUGGGAACCACUCUCAGAGGCACUGCACACAAUGAUGCGUCGGUGGGCUGCCACGUCAUGUGGGCUCCAGCGGUGCUACCAACUCGUGGCGCGCUGGGCCGGUGCAGCCCCGUCGCCGCUCGGGCUCAAACAACCGUUCGCUGUCGAGCUGAUCGUCUCGCUCUGGUCGACGAUUGCGGCCAAGUUCGAGCAUGCUCUCGACCAAGAAGACGACGAGACAUCUGCGAAGGACGCCCGCAUCGUCUUUGCGUCGAGUUUGUCUCUGGAGCUCUACGUCACGCAUCCCAAACGCGUGCGCGAACGUUGGCUCGCCAAUAGCCUUCCCGACCGCGCCGUGGCCAUAGUCGCUUCGUUCCUUGGUCCGAUCCCGACGUUGCGCGAGCUCGUUUUGGGGAGCGCCUUUGACCCGCUAAUCGACAUGCCACCGGGCUUUGCAGCGACAUUGCGACCCGGCAGCGCUGACCACGUCGACAAGCACGUGUACACUGACUCGAUUCUGCACGUCUUUUUCCACGCCGACAUCGACACCAUCGACCACAGCUUGGACACACAGGCGAUCGCGGCGCUUUUGGCGAUCGCGGCAACCGUCCAAAAAGUUGCUGUCGUACUCGACCGGCUUUCGGCGGGUCGGCGGUUGGCACUCGCGCCGGCCAUCUACCGUUUUGCGCGGCACUGGCCCCACUUGGCCUCGGAAAAUGUACUUCGCCACUGCUCUCGCGUGCUCCUGCGCAAUGCCACCAACAACGUCGCGAUGCGCAUCUUCAACGGCACCGGCCACGUGCGCCAGGCGCCGGUGCAGAACGCCGUCGCAGCGAUCUCGUUCUUUGCGACCUAUGAUCGCAGCAACCUCCACGCCUUUACCGAGAAAUGGCUGUGCACCGUCGAGCCCCAUGCGAUCGGCGAUGUGGUGAUCAAACUGCACGUCGCGGGGCCGGCCGAAACAGACUUGAUCGCUCGACUGGCACACGUGUACUUGGAUGCCGUCAGCGGGGACGGCGCGCGACUCACCGACUAUGCGCUGCUGGAGAUCGAUGUCCCGCCUUGCUGCGAGUCGUGCACCGCCUUUGAAGCGUACCUGCGCGACCCGCUUCGCAUUACCUUCAACUUUGGCGACUGGAAGGCGUGCAAUCAUAUUCUCGCCAUCAUUCUGUCCCACCCGCUGCAACUCGAGGUGCAAGACACCGCGUCACCGUCCCACGACGACAGCUUUUGGUGCGAGCACGACCCGUACGACCAAGUCGCGGCCGUCUUUGCUCGAAAAGUGCGCCAGCCGGGACAGGCCACACCGGCGCACAUCACGACGAUCGUCAAGGCCAUCGAGACCGACAACCAAGCGUCUCGCUAA